UCGUGAUUCUGUUUUCACCGUCUGUUCCCUGAAUCUAUUUUUGUUUUACGUUGCUGCCGGUGCAGAUAAGCUUUUUCUUUUUGUACAGUUUUACCACUCGUGCAGAAAUAGUCGUGCGUCAGGUAUCGGGGUCAAGCGCCUGGUUAACUCUUCGCCAAAGUUUGAACCAUGGAGACGUCUUAAACUGUUUCUGCGGCUCGGCUCGGUGGGAUUCCCUACAAUAAACCCCAAUCUGGCGAGCUGGCCAGUGUGAUGUGCGCUGCACCGCGGCCGCUCCAACUUUUUGUACCAUGGUAAGCCUGGAUUAUACCUUACCCCGCAAAGCAAGAUAUUAACCACUUUCUCUCCGGUAGCUGUCCGAAUCCAUGAUCGUGAUUUUGGCAGAUGUGAUGUGACGCCUCGGGUUAGUAGCUGAAGUUGGCGCAGAAUUAAAAAUACAUAAAUAAACAAACAAAUACAAUAUAGCCUAUUCAGGGUGAACAUAAGAUGCAGAAGAGCGUGCGGUACAAUGAGGGACACGCUCUGUAUCUGUCGGUGGUUGCGCGUAAAGAGGGCACCAAGCGGGGCUUCCUGAGCAAGAAGACCACCGAGAACAGCCGCUGGACCGAGAAGUACUUCGCCCUCUACCAGAACGUGCUCUUCUACUUCGAGAACGACCAGAGCACGAGGCCCUCCGGUAUAUACCUGCUGGAGGGAUGCACGUGCGAGCGGACACCGGCGCCCAAAGUCUCCUCCAUCAGCAAGGAGCCCAUGGACAAACAGCAGCACUACUUCCUGGUGAUCUUCGGCCAUGACGGACAGAAGCCUCUGGAGCUGCGGACGGAGGAGGAAGCAGAGUGCAAUGAGUGGGUCGAGUGCAUCCAGCAGGCCAGUUACUCUGACAUCAUCAUAGAGCGAGAGGUCCUGAUGCAGAAGUACAUCCACCUGGUCCAGAUCAUGGAGACUGAGAAGAUAGCAGCCAAUCAGCUUCGGACACAGCUGGAGGACCAGGACACUGAGAUAGAGAGGCUUAAAGCUGAGAUUGUAGUGUUGAACAAAACCAAGGAAAGGAUGCAGCCUUACCAGAACAACCAGGAGGAGGAAGAUCCAGACAUUAAAAAGAUUAAAAAGGUGCAGAGUUUCAUGCGUGGCUGGCUGUGCCGGAGGAAGUGGAAGAUCAUCGUUCAGGACUACAUCUGCUCUCCUCACGCUGAGAGCAUGAGGAAGAGGAACCAGAUCGUCUUCAACAUGGUGGAGGCAGAGACGGAGUACGUCCACCAGCUCUCCAUCCUGGUUAACUGUUUCCUCAGGCCGCUCCGCAUGGCUGCCAGCUCCAAGAAACCCCCCAUAAGCCAUGACGAUGUCAGCAGCAUCUUCCUCAACAGUGAAACCAUCAUGUUUUUGCACGAGAUUUUCCAUCAGGGCCUCAAGGCUCGGAUAGCCAACUGGCCCACACUAGUUUUGGCGGACCUGUUUGACAUCCUGCUGCCCAUGCUGAACAUUUACCAGGAGUUUGUGCGUAACCACCAGUACAGUCUGCAGGUGCUCGCCAACUGCAAGCAGAACAGAGACUUUGACAAGCUGCUGAAACAGUACGAGUCAAACGCCGCCUGUGAGGGCCGGAUGCUGGAGACGUUCCUCACCUAUCCCAUGUUCCAGAUUCCGCGGUACAUCAUCACUCUCCAUGAGCUGCUGGCACACACACCUCAUGAGCACGUGGAGCGCAAGAGCCUGGAGUUUGCCAAAUCCAAACUGGAGGAGCUGUCAAAGAUGAUGCACGAUGAGGUGAGUGACACGGAGAACAUCAGGAAGAACCUGGCCAUAGAGAGGAUGAUCGUGGAGGGCUGUGACAUCCUCCUCGACACGAGCCAGACCUUCGUCAGACAAGGCUCGCUCAUCCAGCUGCCGUCCAGCAGCGAGCGGGGCAUGCUCAGUAAGGUCCGCCUGGGCUCCCUGUCGCUCAGGAAGGAGGGAGAACGACAGUGCUUUCUGUUCACCAAACACUUCCUCAUCUGUACCCGCACGUCUGGAGGCAAACUUCACCUGCUCAAGCAAGGAGGGACUUUAUCUCUGAUAGAGUGCACUCUCAUUGAAGAACUGGAUGCCAACGAUGAGGACUACAAUGCAGCAGGCCAGGGCUUCAAUCAUCUGGAGUUCAAAGUUGUGGUGGAGCCCCCUGAUGGUCAGUCCUUCUCUGUUGUCUUACUGGCUCCGUCCCGCCAGGAGAAAGCUGCCUGGACCAGUGAUAUCAGUCAGUGUAUUGAUAAUAUCCGCUGCAACGGCCUGAUGACCAGCGUGUUUGAGGAAAACUCCAAAGUCACAGUGCCACACAUGAUCAAGUCUGACGCCCGACUGCACAAAGACGACGUCGACAUCUGCUUCAGCAAGACGCUCAACUCUUGCAAGGUCCCGCAGAUCCGAUAUGCCAGCGUGGAGCGGCUACUGGAGCGGCUGACCGACCUGCGCUUCCUCUCCAUCGACUUCCUCAACACGUUCCUCCACACGUACAGGAUCUUCACCACGGCCGCCGUGGUCAUGGACAAACUGGCUGACAUCUACAAGAAGCCGUUCACCUCCAUACCUGUCAGGGUCCAGUACCACUCAUCCGACCGUCUAUCCAUCACAUCCCUCUGUCCUGACUACAGUCUGAAGAUCACUCAGCUUGCACUGGACCAGUCCAAGUCUCUGGAGCUCUUCUUUGCCACCAACCAGGGCACGUGGGGAAGCGACCCCUUGAACAACAAAUCCCCGAGGCUUUGCCGGAAGUUUUCCUCUCCUCCUCCUCUCUCAAUACCUUCUCGCACCUCCUCCCCCGUCCACUCCCGUAAGCUCUCCCUCAGUUCUCCCAUCAGUGCUAAAGCAGGAGCGUUAGACCUAUCCACCACCCCCUCCUCCUCCGCUGCCAACUCCCCCACCUCCAGUCAGAGUCCCUCAAUCUCCUCUCCUCCUCCCAACUCACCAAGGCCCCCUUCUGGCUUUUCCUCCCCUCCACCCACCGCCACUCGCUCUCCCAGCCUUCCCCAGGCCUCUGGGGUGUCGUCUCCGCCCCCCAUCUCCACCAAGGCCCCUCUAGACCUCAGCCGCGGUCCCAAUUCCCCAGAGCUGAGCCCAGCUGCAGGGGAGGACAUCAGCGGAGAGCUGCCGCGCAUCGACGCCUUCUGUGGAAAGCUGAGGCGUAGCAUCCGCAGGGCUGUCCUGGAGUCAGUAUCCCUGGACAAGUUCCUUCCUGAGUCACCAGCCCCCAGUGAGUCAGGGGACAUGUCUCCCUGUCGCUCACCCUCGACACCGAGACAUCUGCGCUACAGGCAGGCAGGAGUCACAACAGGGGAAAACUCUCGCUGUACAAUGUCACCGGCUUCGGCUUUUGCGAUCGCCACCGCUGCUGCCGGGCACAGCAGCUCUCAAGGUUUUAGUAACUCUGAAAAGGCCUGUGACAAAGAAUUCAUCAUCCGCCGAGCUGCUACCAACAGAGUGCUCAACGUGCUGCGUCACUGGGUUUCCAAGCACUCCCAGGACUUCGAUAUGAACAGCGAGCUGAAGCUGGGCGUGAUCAUGCUCUUAGAGGAGGUCCUACGAGAUCCGGACCUCCUGCCGCAAGAAAGGAAAGCCACCACAAACAUAUUAAGUGCCCUUUCUCAAGAAGAACAAGAUGAUGCACAACUCAAGAUAGAGGACAUAUUACAAAUGGCGGAGAGUCCUAAGGCAGAGUGUUUUGAGUCUCUCUCAGCGAUGGAGCUGGCAGAGCAGAUCACCUUACUGGACCACAUUGUGUUCAGGAGCAUCCCCUAUGAGGAGUUCCUGGGUCAGGGCUGGAUGAAGGAGGACAAGACAGAGAGGACUCCCUACAUCAUGAAGACCAGUCAGCACUUUAAUGAUAUGAGUAACUUGGUGGCGUCUCAGAUUAUGACCCAUACAGACGUGGGAUCCAGGGCCAGCUCCAUAGAGAAGUGGCUUGCAGUGGCUGACAUCUGCCGCUGUCUGAACAACUACAACGGUGUGCUGGAGAUCACUUCUGCCCUCAACCGCAGCGCCAUCUACAGGCUGAAGAAGACAUGGGCCAAAGUGUGCAAACAGACGAAGUCGCUCAUGGACAGGCUGCAGAAAACUGUGUCAUCGGAGGGCAGAUUCAAGAAUCUCAGAGAGACACUGAAAAACUGUAACCCUCCAUGUGUGCCCUACCUGGGCAUGUACCUCACUGACCUGGCCUUCAUCGAGGAGGGGACACCCAACUUCACUGAGGAGGGCCUCGUUAACUUCUCCAAGAUGAGGAUGAUUUCUCACAUUAUCCGAGAGAUUCGUCAGUUUCAGCAAGCCCCUUACAGGAUAGAGCACCAGCCCAAGGUGACCCAGUUUUUACUGGAUAAGACAUUAGUCAUGGAUGAAGAUACUCUGUAUGAGCUGUCGUUGAAGAUUGAGCCUCGUGUGCCACCUGGCUGAUCACAAAUGCAUCUCAUCCAUGCACACACAUACACAUACACACACAUACACACAAACAUGCAUGCAGAGUUUUCCAACAAACAUAACACAGCUUUCCCUGACAAAUACCACUGCUCAUACUUCCCUUGGAUAGUCCACUAUAGAUGUUAUAUAGAAUGUCAAUUGAUAUAUAGGUAUACCUACAAGAGGUCAGGAGAAGAUCAACAGCCAUAAAUUAUAGAAAAAAUGGCUGGUUGUUCUAUAUGAUCAAACAAAGAUCAAAAAUGUGUGGGGUGCUCUUGGAAACGGGGAAACCAUAAAUUAUAUUUCAUAUGGAUACAUAUUGCCAUAUCCAUUGACAUUCUGUCAAUCCAGUCAGUUCUAUAAUAACGCAUGUGGGAUUAUUAUGAAACCCACCAGAGUUCUGGGCCAGCUCUGCCCACAGGGUUAAGGUUGUGGAUGACUGAGGGCUUAUGUCAAGACUGUUUUAGCAAAUGGGCAACAUGCCAAAAAGUUUUACAGCCAAUCACAGCACUUGUGGGCAGAUCUUGCCCAGAACUCUGGUGGGAUGCAUAAUAAGGUUUGACAGACAUGUUGUUGAAAUGUAAUUUAUGGCUUAUUAAUGCUCUACUGAACUCUUGCUGAUAAUUAACUUGUAUAUGAAUUUACAUUGUGUUGAACAUGUAAAGGUGACUAUCCAGAGAAGGUGUGGCUGACACAUUAUUCAUUAUCACACAGAAACCAUGCAUUGACUGAACUCAAGCUUCAUGAAUAAGUAGAGAGUGUUACAUCAAGCACCACCGAUUAUUGUGCUUGGAAAACUCAGGUGAAAAUGUGCCUUUUUGUGUGGAUAGCUAAUGCACAUAUUCAGUAAAGAGAAUGACCAAUGUUAAAGACAUCAUUCAAUAUACCACUCUUUGCCAUACACUUCUACAGUUUGACUGUUUGUUUCUAACUGUGGCACUAGAAAGUACCAGUUGCUGCUAUCAUGUUGUAAAUACCGUCCAGUUCUGCCUCUUUUAGUCUUGCACACAAAUCAUUUUCAACAAGGAAAAACAUCUUCAACAACUCAGAGUUUUACUUUAUUUGUAUGAUAGACUUUGUAGAAGAUGCACGGGCUUUCCUAAAUGGCUGGAGUGCAAUUUAAAUAUUUUAUCGACCUUACUAUUUACUGGUUGCUUUGUUUCUUGAUGUUGAUUUUCAUAGGAGAUGCAGGCGUGGUCUUCACCGGCAUGUUCAUGUUUUUCUUUACUCGCUAAGGCUAGAAGAUUAUGUUGACUAUAGCAGUUGGAAUAUUGUAUUUGCAUGUUACAGCAAAAAUAUUCACAUUACAUGCAUUUCAAACUGGGUAAUGGCUUAUUUCAAAUUGUAUUUUUUUUUUUUAGCUGUCUUUCUUGACAAUCUACUGUGCAACUGCUACAACUCACCAUCUUCUCAGUUUUGUAACAUUAGUAAUUUUGUACACAAAAAUAGCUGACUUUGUGUAAUGCAGAUCUUAUUUCCUGCUCUUUCAAAAAGGGAAUUGGCCUAAAGGGUUUCUUACAAGCUAAUAUACUAUUUAUACACCGACUACAGUUGCAUUUAUUUUAUUUAAACAUUUCUGAGUGGUAUUAUUAGUUCCUCAUCAAUGUGGUCAUUUAAUCAUAUUUACUAUUUUUAAAAACUUGUUAGACUGUCUUAGAUCAAUAGUAAGACAGUCUUUGCACUGUUGAUUUGUACAGAAUAUCUCUAGACUUUUAACUUUUUAUAGCAUGAACAUAGCAUGUUUUCCCUCUCUGUCCUUCAUUUAAUUUUCAUGCAUGUCCGUCCCUUUCACUGGGAAGUGUAGCAGAUCUAGUUUUAUUAGUUUUGUUUCUUUCUUUUGGUACAUUCCUGAUGUCGGGAAACUUUUAAAGCUAAAAAACAUUAAUAGUCUAUAAGAUCCCUGCUUUUAUACAUUACAGAAUACUUUGUUAACAUUCCAGAUGUAUUGUUGUAUUUUUCCAUGCACUUCCAGGCUUGUAAAUAAAAGUAAUCCAAUGUAAAUUAUAA